AUGACUGGACGGACUGGCUUACUGGAGUUUCACCAUGGUCUCCUCCUGCAACUUCCACAACUUCUAAGGGGAGAAGUUGAUGGUGAUCAGCAGUCUACACCUUUUAGAGAAUGGUUUGGAAAACUUGGGGAAGUGCGAUCAUUAGUACAGUGUCCAUUGUUGCUUAUCACAGCAACAGCAAGUAAAGCUUCACGUUUGAAGAUGCAAAAGAUUUUCUGCAUGAAAAAUUGUUUUGAAAAAUUUAAAAGCCCAGAUAGAACCAAUAUUAAAUUAUUUUUGCACAAAUUCAAAUCUAGCCAAGAUGUUACAAAGAUAUUUGCAUUUAUGAUCAUUGAAUUACUAGAAAAAAAAGAAGAAAAAUGUGACAGAUACCUUGUAUUUUGUACUUCUAUUAAAUCAUGUAGUGAAAUUUAUACCAUGUUACACUUAGAAUUGGAAAGUGACAUUCAGUUUGUACAGAUGUAUCACUCAAUGACAGUUAAAAAUGUUAAGGAAGACAUUAAGCAAGAUCUGGGUAAUAAAGAUGGCAAAAUUAGACUUUUAGUUGCAACUAGUGCUGCUGGGAUGGGUGUGAACUUCAAGGACAUUGGCCAGGUGAUAAUCUUUGGAGUGCCCAAAAAUAUGGACAGUUUUAUUGUUCAAUGGACAGCAGUGUAG